GCCUGAUCGGACGCUGUCAACCAUGCUUGGUGCUAACAAGGAAGCAGACCUUGAGGACGAAGAACUCGAGCAGACAUCGUCGUCAGCUGCGAUUGUUGCCGACAGUGAUGACCUCAUAACCAAUAUCUUCUUACACUUACCCAUCAAAUCUCUUCUUAGGAUUAAGUCUGUCUGCAAACGAUGGCUCUCUCUCAUCUCUGAUCCUUUUUUUGUCAACCUGCGCAAUCGUACCACCAAUGUCGUCUCUGCAUUAUUCUUUAAAAGAGUCCAUAGCUCAGAGCUCUACUUCGUUUUCCUGGACAGGAAUAACUCAAAUGAUGACAUCCCCAUCAGAGAUCUAAGCUUUGUUGAAGACUCUGUAGGUCUUGAAGUUACGCACUCUUGCAAUGGUCUCAUAUGCUGUCGUAGCAGGAGAAGGUGUACUGACUACUUCUACUUCACCUAUUACAUCUGCAACCCAACGACGAAGCAGUACAGAAAACUUCCGCCCACGCUUGGAGGUGGAGUUGUGCACUCCUUCGUGAACAUAGCCUUUGAUCCUUGCAAAUCACCUCACUACAAGGCCAUCUGCAUCAGCAGCAACGAUGGCUGGCAUUGGCAGAUUGAGAUCUACUAUUCGGAGAUAAAACAAUGGAGACAGAUCUGUGGAGAACCUUUCACUUCCCUCGGUAUGAAUUUCGAUCGUGGGGUCUUGUGGAAUGGUGCAAUGCACUGGAUCUCCACGGAGGGGUCCUCUCUAAGCUUUGACGUUGAGAGAGAGUGUUUCAGAAGAAUGCCAUCGAUGCCUCUGAUAUCUAUUGAUAGGGAAUAUAGGAAUAGGAUGUAUCUCUACAUUGGGGAGUCCCAAGGCCAUUUGUAUCUUAUUGGGACAGACUUCGAUCGGCCUUUGGAUGAACCACAGACUACGUGCUUUCAUAUAUUUGAGAUGGAGACAGAUUACUCUGGAUGGGUUUUGAAAUAUCAGGUCGAUUCUGAUGUACCAAUUGCUCCAAUCCAUCUAGACAUAUGUUUCUCUAUAUUGCAUCUUGUUCGGGGAGAAGGAGAUGAAGAAGAAGAAGAAGAAGAAGAUUUAUCGCUUGUGAUACACACAGUUGGUGAUCAUGAGGUCUUUUCAUAUAAUCUUAAAGAUAUAGCCUUAAGAAAGUUACGUAUUGUCCCUGAACCCAUUCAGAAUUCACGGCCACUGAAAUUCUGGUGGUCUUCUACAUAUCAGUACAUUGAAAGCAUCUGUUAUGUAUGA